AUGCCCUAUCGGGAUAGCGUGCACCUACCGCCGGAGGUGAAGUUCGUGGCCGCCAGCUCCCUCAUAAAACUGGAUCACCCAUGGCCUCGCUGUCAAGAAGUGGGACACUUGCACGAGACCCCGAAGACCGGGGACAAUCUGGUGGUGAUCUCCCAGGCGUGGUGCUAUCAGCUGCAUCCGGACCCAACUGGUGCAUGCAGUGACAUGCUGGCCGCAUUGCUGCGAAAAGCCGCGUUGAUGUUGCGCGCCGGAGGGCGCCUGCUGGUGUUCUGUGAUUACCUCUGCAAGCCUCAGCCGCCUGUGGCUAGAAAGCAGCCGCCUUGGUCCUCGGAGGACGAGGCGACUGCUGCGAAGGUCAACGAGGCGCUGCCACACCUUCUUUUCAAUGCGGACGCUGUGAUCCACAUGUGCUCCGUGGACGAUGGGCCUGGGAUCCCAGAGGAGAAGUACACGAUACCGUUAGACAGUCUGAAAUCCAGCUGUGUGCUGACGCAGAUUGGGAAUGUUGUGCAAGUUGCAGAGGAAGUGAAGCACAGUUCCACGUCCAUAGUCAAGAGGUAUGACCAGCUUCUUGCGGUAAGUGGUUCGGCGGUCAAAGCCCUGGAAGACUUGCCUGAGGAGUUUCGCACCGGCAAGCCUGGUGCUUGCUCGGCGACCUGUCAGAGUGUUUUCCCUACAGUGGCAUCGCUGUGGAAGGGCUGGCCGACAGCCCAAAUGCUGCGGGCACCUUAUGGCUACAGGAUCGAUGUCACACCUGCGGCUCAGGGGCACAUCUUCUUUGAGAAGUUCAUCACCAUGGUGAAGGUUGCGUUGAUGGAGGAAGCAUCGGCGCAGGAAGUCAUCUUCGCAAGCGAUCCCCAGGUAAAGCUGGACUUGCUUCGCGGUGGGGCACGCUUGCGCCGUGCAACGCAGCAAGGCUUAGAUGCACUGUCAACGGAGUUGGAAUACUUCACUCAGGAGCUGGAGAAGAAGACCUUCCUUCCAGUUCCAUCGGAGAUUGCUCGGUGUCAUCACUUGGGCAUGAACCAGCCUAUCUUCGUGAAGCCCCCCACCACCGACUACGACCUCGUGUCACACUUGAUGCAAAUCUUCGUGGAGGAGCUUGCCAUCGGAGUGUCGCUGCCGCUCUGGAGCGCAGUGAGGGAGAACCGUUUGGAGGAUUGCCGAAAGCUUCUGAAGGAACAGGCGGACCCCAACCUUUCGGAUGGACGCGGGACAACAACCCUGCAUUUGGCUGCUCAGCAACGUGAAGUCGAGAUCGUCCGCCUUCUGAUCCGUGUCGGUGCGGCGAGCACGAAUCGGGAUCUCCGUGGCUGCACGGCGGCUCAUUGCGUUCCGCUACUGGCGGAUCAGACCACGGCGGAUCUGGCGGAGAUCUUCAUGUCGGAUGGGGAGGCGUUGUCACUCAGGAACAAGGCUGGCGUUUCCGUCUUCGAGCGCUUCUACCUCUGGUCGAUCAGCGCUUGCAACGGCCAUCCGUUCGAGCCCUUGUACAGUCGCCUGCGUGUCUACGCCGGGCAGCAUUUCUCCUCUGGGAACCUUCCCGACCUCUGGAACAUCGGGAUGUCAAGCAUCGGGUCAACAUACCCACAGUCUCUCACCACCGUCUCCACACAGGUACGUCGUCUCAACAUCAAUGGCCUCAUGCGCACCAUUUACGUACUGGUUCCAUGUCACCUUCGCAGAGAACCGCUGCUUUAUUUGGGCUUUUGCCGCAUCCUGCCGUGGUCGCUCCAGGAGCAGGCAGUCAAAGCCAUAGCGGCCGCCCAGGAGUGCGAAAUAUUCUGUGUGUGCUGCGACGCUGUGAAUCCAGAUCUGCUCACCGAAUACCAGGACGAGUUUGAAGGCGAGGGCCAUGAAGGAGAGGCCUUCUACCACGAUCUUUUUCAUGUGAUCGAUGCCCUGCCACUCCAUGACAUGUUCCAUAUGCUGGACAGCACCUUUGGACUUGGCCUUCCGAUCCUGUGGAAGCUCCAGGAACGCUUGAAAGGGGUUCUUGUGAUUAACCCGAGCUGGAUCUGGGGCUCUGCCUCUGUUCCCGAUGCACACCUUGUUGAACGAGCGAAGCAGCUGUCAGAGCUGGCGAGGCAGAAAGACGCCUGCACCAUGAGCCGCUUGCUCUGUGAGUUCUCGAUUGCACCGUCUCUGGCCAAAGCGUAUUUUGCGGCUCCGAAAGAGGAUGAUGAGUCUGUGGACAGCGCUGACGACAUGAUGUUCGAAGCCAUUCACCAGCAGUAUGAGCUUGCCCUGGGCGUGGCAAGCCGGAACUUCUGGCGGAUCGGUGCCUUAGGGCCCACGUGGCAAGUGAAGAAGUUGACGCAAGUCCUGAAUGCGCUGCCUCAUUGGCAGCCGCCCAGGCAUGUCUAUGUGAUUUUGGCAUGCGGAAGCCAUGCACCAGUGGGCGGUGUGCACAACGCGGCCUACAACCUGCAGGAGCUCAUGACAGGCUCAAUGCAGGUGUACAUUCCUCACUGCAUGUGGCUUUGGCAAAUCGAGGGGGCCAAGCCCAUCGAAGAGGUGAUCGAACUCCUUAGUAAUUUGCGGGAUGAAGGCACUGCCACUGCGUCGUUGAACUCCAUGCUGGUUCAAAAGCGACGGGACCUUGAGUCUCAUCCUCCACGGCCCCGACGGCACAAAGUUUCUUUCUCGGAUAUGGACGCGCAGUUUGGGCGCUUGGUCACUGCAUAG